UAUCUCCAGUAUCCAGUACUAUUCAAAUCGAACGAAAGUUUCAAAAAGAUGGAAUACAAAGAUUAUCUAAACGAAGCAUUGAAAAGAGCAGUCUACAAUAAAAAUGUGGAAGAAAUUAAAGCUCUCUUGGCUCGAGGCCACUAACAGUGCAGAAAUGACCAGAGAACUUUUGUUACUUGGUGCUAGAGUUGAUCAAAGUAACACGUACAGGGAAACGCCGUUACACACUGCUAUAAAAAUGGGAAAAGAGUUUGCAUUAAUACAAGAACUUUUGAAACAUGGAGCUAACGUAAAUGCAGUAACAAAGAGGAACAAAACUGUGUUGAACCAUGCUAUAACAAGAAGCGGUACAUCCCUUGAAAUAAUAAAUGAACUGCUUUUUUAUGGAGCUCAUAUUGACACAUUGAAAGGCUUUGACCGCACUGACUUAGAUAACGCCGUUUAUUGUCAUAUUGAUCCAGCACGCGCUAAGUUGUUGAUUAAGUAUAUUUACUUAAGAAAUCGCAAUAAGGAUUACGAGACAAUUAUUAACUUAGCUUCUUAUAAGGAUCGCAAUUGUUGCUCGGAGUUGGCAAAUUUUCUUGAUGACUGUGUUUGUGAAGUUGUUCAAAUGAAAACAGAUGUCAUAAAAGACAACCUAUCAUUGUAUAAUUUCUUUUCAAAUAGUUUCGACCGGCAUCUACUUUGCAAUAAUCAGUUAUCUGUUAAAUUGGCAAACAUGGAUUACUCCGCACGCUAUCCGAUUUAUAAUGACAUUAUAUUAUUUAAGAUCAAACCAUUUAUCGAAAGAGUAAAUUUAAUAACCAAGUUAAGUGAGAUACAAAUUUAUACUAAAGUUGAUAUUGUAAACCAAGACAUUCAAAUCAGAAGAAUUGCUCUAGACCAUGAUUCUACAUACAACAUUACUAAAUAUUUAUUCAAUCAUAGCUUGUUAAACUUGAUAAAAGCUUUUGACAACCCAUAUAUACCUCCCAUCGAAUCAUUCUCAAAUGGUCUUACUGCAACGGAUACAAAGAUUUGUGAUGCAUCUACAAGUUAUGAACCCAAACGUGCAAGAUUGGAAUAAAAACAUG